AUGACUACUACACCUGCCCCUGCUACCUGUCCUCCUCCUUCCUCCCGUGAUGCCCAACCUUCCACAUCUGUUACCAGUGAUAAGCCCCUACGUCUCAUGCAUGUCCCCAAGCCCAGAAAGUCCUCAGCAGAGGCAGCCCGUUCUACCGUUCGAAAGAAGGCUAGGGUUAUGGAGGAGGUGAGAGACAGGGUGAGUGGUGGGGAUCCUGGAGUGCUGCUCCGGGAGGAACUGCGGAGGGUGCCACGGGACGAGCUGAGGAGCAUGCUGCACCAGCUGAAGUUCGAUCAAGUUGUCAUCCCUUCUGGUCACCAGCUGGAGGCAAAAGUAAAGAUAGGACUGAACUACAAUCAACUUGGGAAACUCAGAAGCUGGCUUAAGAUGUACAACAUCUCAAUGGAGAGUGAGCGACUGACGAGAAGGGCCGCCAGGGAGCGCCUUACUGCAUAUGACAUGCACGCCGAAACCCUACCUUUCUGUGUUAAGGGAGCGAAGAAAGAUGGGUCGGACCCCACGAAGGUGCAACUGCUUCCGUGUGCGUACAUCUCCCCAGUCGGCGCUGCCAUCUUUGACUACCUGGAGAAGUGUCAGGAGUCAGAGUGCCUUACAUGGCAUGGGGGGAAAAUCCCCCAAGAUGAGAUCUGGGUAAAGGUCGGGGGAGACCACGGGGGAGGCUCCUUCAAACUGACCUUCCAGCUGCUCAACAGGGACCAUCCAAACUCCCGGCAGAACACCGCUGUGUUCAGCAUUUUUGAGGCAAAGGACAGCCGGGAAAAUCUGAUGCUUGCCAUCGGCCGGUAUGCCCAGGAACUGGGCGAUCUGCAAGGGUCAAAGUGGAGGGCCAAGGAUGGCAAGGAGCAUACGAUGCGUGUGUUUGGCACAGGAGACUAUGCCUUCCUGUGCCUUUGGUACGGGCUGUCCGGAGCAAGUGCUGUCCACCCAUGCCUGUGGUGUGACAUCACCAAAAUGGAAAUGAACAACCCGGAGUCAGAAGAUCGGAGUGUCAAUACAACCCGCUUCUUAACGUACACUCAUUUAUGCUUACUCUUAUUUGCUUUUCCAGACAAAGCCAUCAAAGACUUCAUGUCAUACUACAGAAGCAAUGUCCCCAAUGGCACCGUACCAAUAAAGAUGCACAUGCUAGAAGAUCAUGUGGUUCCCUGCAUCAGGAGGUGGGGGUUCGGGCUGGGGUUCAUGGCAGAGCAGGGAGUUGAGCAUGUCCAUGCACUGUUUAACUCCCUGGCAAGACCCACCUGUACCAUUCCCGACCCUGUGGCACGACUCAAGUCAACACUCACAAGCCAUCUGAUCGGGGUCUGCCCAACCAACACCAUAGGCUAGGCUUCCCAUGAUCUUACAUUUCAAUGAUACACAAGAAAUGCACAAGUAAAAAGUAAGAUACAAAAACAGUGCAGGUACUUCGGAGUGUUCUACAUGUAAUGUCAACUCCCCUGCCUGUAGUCACGUGAAAAAAUGUUGCAUGAACUGCAAAUUACUACCAAUACAAUGUCAGACAGCAUGUAGACUAGUUAUUACUAGUUAGUUAGAAUUAGUAUUACUCAUUCAGUGAUUUACUGUAUACUAUGUACUGUAUAAUGUCAAUCGGCAUGUAGUGUGAAUCAG